UAACACGAAAGUGUCAUAACCAUGUUAUUGUCUCGCUAUUGUUUUGUUAUACACGUUACAAUACGAGUAACAGUCAGCGUGAAAUAGAUAAGUGAUGAAUAAAUACAUGAUUAUAAAUGAUUAUAAAUGUGCGUUAAAUUUGCUGUAAACAUUAAUGCAGAAGUAUUCGUUUAGUUUACACAGCUAUAAUAGCCUCCUGCGGAGACGCCAGAUACUAAAAAAUAUAUACCGAAUUAGUAAAAAGCCAAGAAAUCAUCUAUUGAUCAUCACCUGGAUGAGCUAACCAAGCACAAACGAGGGCACGAAUACAAAAUUUAAAGUAUCCCCCACAGUCGAGUAAUUCUGAGCCACAAAAUGGUCCCAACCAUUCAAUCAGUUGGAACCCCAACCGUGGCUUCCCAGCGAGCCAUCGCCAGACGCGACCGUCUGCUCAGGAGGGAGAACCUGCACAACACCAUCCGAAGAUUGCUUCGAACGCCAGAGGGGAUGGCCGAUGCGGCACCAUCCGCCAGGUCAAAGCACUGCGUUACCCCCGUCAUGCUAGAACUGUGGAAUGGCGAGAGAAUCUUCGGGAGGCCAACUUUGUCUCCGCCAAUACAGUUGGUGCCUUCGUAUCAUCACUCAGGGGAACGUAAAGCAACUGGGUUAAAUGAUCGCGAGAGAGCUUUCCAACCAACGUGGAUUGUCCCAUCGGGACCAACUAGGUUGGAUAUGCGAGUUGAAAGACAAUUGGAGCUCUCUCGCUACCCCUCAUAUACGGCCUUAACAAAUCCAGUGCUGCCAACACCUGAAUAUUGUAUUCCCGAGUAUAUGAUGAAAUUGAACUACACCGGAAGGAAUCUCGAUUUGCACCGAUACCCAUUCAGUAAUAAUCAACCGAUCACUCACCUGAACAGCUCAUUUUACCCACCCUAUACCAUCAGAGCUAAUAUGCCGAUGUCAAGAAACGCUUCACAUCUACGAUUCCCGUUUAGCCCACCUUCGUUGGAAGAAUAACUAAACUGGUAACUGAUAGCAAAUGGAUUAAACGCACUACGAUGCAAAAUAAUUAAAAUAAUAAGCGCGAUGUGAGUGGAAGCAGAUAUGUCCACACUAGAGUUUUCGAGAAAAUAGACAGAUGCUAGCGUCUAAAAAUGGCGGAAAUAUAAUUUUUGAACCAAUUACCGGUAGAUUGAUUAAAAUAUUACUAGGGAAAUAAAGUAAAAUAAGCUAGUAAAACUGAUCUAGGAGUUAAGAGAGAGAUUUUUUUUUUUAUUAUAAACAUAAACAUAAUAUUACAUGAAAACAAUGUAAAGUUGAUGAAAAUGUACUGGAAUGUGUUGUAAGAGCCAAAUUUGUAACAACUCCAAGGCUUAAGAAUGCAAAGAACGAAUUUUAGAAUCAGCAAAUAAAACACAUCAGACAGAGCUCUACAGCUGGAUUUUAA